AUGCCUCGCCGAAAGAUUAUUAUCGACACGGACUGUGGCGGCGACGAUGCCAUUGGCAUCAUGACCGCGCUGGCGGACCCCAACACCGAUGUCAUCGCCAUGACAGCCGUCUGGGGCAACGUCAACGUGAAUCAGGGAAUGGAGAACAUCGGCAAGCUCCUCGACGUUUUCGAGCGCGACAUUCCCUUCUACAAGGGUGCCGAGGCGCCGCUCGUGUCGGAUCCCGAGACGGUGCAGUGGGGCGGCUUCGGCAAGGACGGCUUUGGCGAUGCGGAUUUUCUGCCGUCCGCACGGGUGCAGGAGCAGUCCAAGACGCACGCCGCCCUCGCCAUCACGGAGCUGCUGCGAGCGGCCAAGCCGGACGAGGAUACUGUCUACCAGCUCGUCUGCCUGGGACCCCUCACCAACAUUGCUCUGGCGAUGCGACUUGAUCCGGAAGUGUUCCACGUACUGGGCAGCGAGACGGAACCGGCCAUCACAAUCAUGGGUGGCGCGACCGAGGCGAAGGGCAACUCGAACUUGACGUCAGAGUUCAACAUGCACUGCGACCCUGAGGCAGCGUACAUCGUCUUCAACCAGCGUAAUAUGCGUCCCGUCCGCGUUGUUUCGUGGGAAGUAACGGUGGACUGCUCCAUGACGUGGACGUUCUUUGACAAGUGGAUAGGCCGCCAGGAGGACGGGAAGAAGCAGCAAAACAGGUUUCAAGUUUUCAUUGAGAAGGUGUUCCAGCGGCUGGAGGCCUUCACCCGUCCGCUUCCCGAUGGCACCAAGGCGAACACCGGGGACGCAGAGGCGACGCAGGACAACACGUGCGUCAUCCCUGAUGCGGUGGCCAUGGUCGCCGCUCUUUACCCCGACAGCAUUCUGGAUCGCUUCAUCACCUACUGCACCGUAGAGCUGCACGGGCGUGAGACGCGUGGUCAAACCUGUCUGGAUUGGUACGGCACUAAGCAGUCGAUGGCAAAGCGAGGGCGGUGGUGCAACUGCGAGCUGAUCACCCGUGUCGAUAACGCUCGCUUCCUAGAGGCGAUGAAUGGCAUUCUGAAGUACCAAGUUUAA